ACAUGCAAAGCCCGGAAAUAUUCUCAGUAGAAAAAAAUACAUUGCAAACUAUGCCAUUUCUCACUAGAGGCAGCAGCAGCAGCCUCGUACGUGGCAAACGUAUCAACCUUUUCCCUCUUUUCUGUUGGCUUUUUUGUGCUGUUAGCUAAUUCCAGUCAGGAGGAGGAGGGGAGAGAAACAUGGGGAGUAGAACUUGGAUAAUGUGCCCCAUAUAGCAGCCCCCUCCCUGAGAAGGAAACAACAUGAGUGACUAGCCAAGUGCUGCUACUGCUGGCGAUCAUCCUUCCAACGAGGCGGGGCAGAGGCAGCAGCAGCCUGGGCAACAUGGAGUUGGGAACACCUCCAGCCUGCAGGUAGUACUACCGAUCGAUCCUGCCUGGGAUUUCUGUGUAUGUACACACUGACAGUACAUGGCAGGAGCUGGCGCCCAUUUGUAAAUCUUCGCCUUGGGGAUGGAUGGCUGCUACUCUAGAAACAUGAUCGCCCUCCUAGGCUCCUGUGAGGAGGGGGAAAGGGGUCCGCAGAGCAAGUUGGGCAGUGCUUGCUGAGGGAAGGAAGGAUCCACUUCUCACACAGCAGUAACCUGCACACAAGCCCACCCAGCAGGUCAGGUUGGCUGUGAACGGCCGGUCAGUGUUACGGGAAUAAACAGAGGGCUGUCUCGGAAGGAUAAAGCGCAAAAAUAAACGCCUGCACCUUGUAUGGAGAAAAGAAUUAAAACAUGGAUGAGUAUACGGAAGAAAACUCCAGCAAAACGGAGAAGGGAAAGACUCAAAAGGGAAAGAAAUCUAAGAAACUGUUCCGUAGGAAAUCGCUGCGAUCGGUGGGCAGUUUCGUGAACAGGAUCUUGAAAACUUUAAGCACUUUGGCUCACUUUGGAGACUUGGAGCGGACGGACGUGGAGGAUGAUGAUGGUGGGUUUAAGGAUGUACCUGGCACCCAUAGUGUUGGCGCAAAGGAGAGGGGGCUGGACGAGCCCCAGCUUGGUGGGUGCUCCAGUGGAGAAGUGACCAACACCGUGAAGAGUUUAACUUUGUCUUCUCAGGGGUCCCUGAGGAAUAACCUUUCCUGGUGCUUUGGGGACAAGACCCCCGGAGUACAGGGGCUCAAGAAUCACGGCAACACAUGCUUUAUGAAUGCUGUUGUACAGUGCCUGAGCAACACCGACCUGUUCGCCGAGUUCUUGGGGCUGGAACUGUACACGUCGGACCAUCCAGUGGUCAUCGAUCACAGCACGACAGGAAACAUAAAUGGCAGUAUGAAUGUCAAUCUUGGGGCGGCUAGUGACGAGUCAGUAAUAACAACAAAGGGAGAGGUCACCACAAACCUGGCAUCCCUUGUGCGUGCUUUGUGGACCUUGGAUUAUUCACCCCAGCUUUCCGUGGAGUUUAAGAACACAGUGUCAAAGUACAGUGCACAGUUCCGUGGCAAUUCUCAGCAUGAUGCCUUGGAGUUCCUUUUGUGGCUGCUUAAUCGAGUUAAUGAGGACCUCGAUGCAUCCCCCAACAAGAAGACCAAGACACCUGGAAAGCCACCAGUAGGAGAAAGUCCUGGAGCUGCUCUUUCCUCUAGUCCACCCUCGCAGACUGGGAGCCACAGUUUUGUACAGGCACACUUCCAGGCACAGUACAAGUCCUCGCUGACGUGCCCUAACUGCCUUAAACAGAGCAACACAUUUGAUCCCUUCCUGUGCAUCUCCUUACCCAUUCCUCUUCGACAGACAAGAUGUUUGACCAUCACAUUAGUCUUCCAGUCCAAAACUCAGCGGUACUUGCGAACUGGCUUGGCAGUCCCACUCUUUGGCACCAUAGCAGUACUGAGAGAGAUGUUGGCACAGGAAGGCAAUAUUACCGCAGAUCAGGUAAUCCUUGCAGAGCUGUAUUCUGAUGGAUUUCAGAGAUCCUUCUUUGACGAGGAUGACAUGAAUGUAAUUGCCGAAGGAGACAAUGUGUAUGCCUUUCAGACCCUUCCACCACAUGGCACAGGGGGCUCUACACUACGUUCCUCAGGGUAUCACCGCAGCUUGCCAUCUUCCCCAUACUCAUCUGGGUCAGACAGUCACAGGUUACCAGCCACUGGCACAUUAUCAUCUGAGUACCUCUCAAGAGGAGGAUCUGAAAAGAUCUUAAUUCUGUUCUGUAACACAUCCGGGACAGGACAGCAGACAUCUAGGUUUGGCCCACCAUUUCUGAUGAGAGAAGAGCGAGCCAUGUCAUGGGAUCAGUUACAGCAGUGCAUCUUAAACAAAAUGUGCUAUCUGAUGAGAACAGAUGCUCAGAUACAGAAUCCUGGCAUCCUUUUCCAUAUCAGGGUCGUUGGUGGCCCAUCAACAAGCAAUUAUCUUUCUCCUCAGGACAGCAGACCAUUGUAUCACCCAUCUAUUAUCAGGGCACUUCAGUUCUGCAGGCCAGGAGGACCACCACAUGUGAAGCUUGUUAUUGAGUGGGAGCAGCAAACCAAAGAGCGUAUAUUUGGGAACAUUCAAGAAGAAGUUAUUCAAGAUGCAGAGAGCAUUCGUCUCCAGCAGCAGGCCCAUCAACUACAGCAUAGUUGUACCCUGGAUGAAUGCUUUCAGCUGUACACCAAGGAGGAACAGCUUGCUCCAGAUGAUGCUUGGAAGUGUCCACACUGCAAGAAGCUGCAACAGGGGAUGGUGAAGCUCAGUUUGUGGACCCUGCCUGACAUCCUGAUUUUACACUUGAAGAGGUUUCGCCAGGUGGGGGAGAGGAGGAACAAGCUAUCCACUGUAGUCAAGUUCCCUGUGAGUGGCCUUGAUAUGACACCACAUGUUGUAAAGAGAAGCCAAAGCAGCAGAAACCUGAAGAAUCAGUGGUCCUCGAGAAAACAGCCUUUCCAGUCUGAAUGUAAUCCUGGACAGUGUCUUUAUGAUUUGUAUGCUGUCUGCAAUCACCAUGGAAGCAUGCAAGGAGGCCAUUACACAGCAUAUUGUCGUAAUUCUGUGGAUGGGCAGUGGUACAGCUAUGACGACAGUAGUGUGGAAGUGAUACCAGAGGGUGAGGUUUGUACUCGUGCAGCCUACAUUCUGUUCUACCAGAGACGGAAUGCCAUACCGCAGUGGUCAGCCAACAGUUCAGUAAAGGGCUCUACAAGUUCCUCUGUGUCUGAUCACUGGCUUGUUCGGCUCUCAGGAGACAGCAAAAGAGGAAGUCUAGUAUCUCGGAGCUCAACCAAUUGCACUUCUGUACCAGAAUCACCUGACUCCCCUGUUUUUCAUGAUGGACCACUGAGAGAUGAAAAAGGUGGUUUUGAUACAAGACCAUUUGUGCGUGGCAUCCAAGGAAGAAGUGUAAGCAUGAAGUCUCCAACAUCGAAAGCUAAGGAGGCUGUUGCAAAGGCACUACCUCUUCGUUGGUCCUUUGGGUCAAGGGAAAGAUCGCAUGCAAAGUCUGGAGAGCUUGUGGAAUAUCUGGAGUCAGGCCGCAGACCCAGGUGCACAAAUGAGCCCAUUGUCCCUCUGAUGACAACAUCUACAAAUACAGAUGAUAUAUCACAUAGGAUAAAGAAAACUUCUGCAGUUGCCUCCAGAAAAUCCAGUGGCUCACAGACUAACCUGUAUGAGAACCCAAACAAAACAGUUUCAUCCGCAGAAAAGAUAGGUACGCUUAAGCGAAAUGGAAAUCCAAAAGAUGGUGUUUCUCUACAGCAAAGAACAACAAGACAUCUGGAUCAUGCAGUCAGUUCCACAUCACUGGCAAGGACAGAUGAACCAAAUAAGCUCAGUGAGAAUAGUUGUGACAGAAAUUUUACUAGUCAUCAUAUUACUGGUAAUGUUGUACCUCAAAACAGUCACUCUUUAGGACGAAAUAAGGGGAUGUUUGAUAGCAGGGACCAGGAGAAGAGAUCAUUGACUUGGAAAAGACAAGAUGGCAGAGAAAGAAUAUAUGAAGAAAGUAAGCAAAGUGAAGGAAAAUUUGCACUUUUUAAGGCUGCCUUUCUAAAGAAGGACUCUAAAAAGCACACAGAAUUGGAGAGAAAGAGGCCAGAUGAAAUUCCUAAUGCACCAUCCCGGGCAUCUCUGUCUAAUGGCACUUUGAACGGAAUGAAUGAAGGUCGGAUCAGUGCAACAUUGAGUAGGCAGAAGAGUGAUACAAACAGUAGCAAAGUUAGUGGGUCAACGUCUGAUAUCAAGAGAUCUCAUAGCUCAUCCAGCAUACAGAAUAAAACAGACUUGGCUUUGAGAAGGACUGUAUCACUUCACAAGAAUGGAGCAGCUUCUCAGCUGCCUAGAAAUGCCCAAAAUGAAAAGUCUGUGCUUGGCAAUCUGCAAAAAGUGCCAUACAGUACUUCUUCCCUGGGCAGAAAAAAGCCUGUGCCUGAGUCCACUUUUUAGACAUGUUAAUCUGUGAUCCUAAACAAAAGAAGACAAAUCUACUGUAUAUAUUAUGAUUAUUUUAAAAGAAAAUAUAUUAAAUGGAUCUUUUCUACUUGCAAAUUGUGAUGCAUAUAUGUUUGGCAAAGAAAUGCACAUCUGAUAAACACUACUGAUAUUUUUUAAAUUGCCCCUCUCUGAUGGAUCUGGCAAAAGUUCCUGUACAAGAAAGUUUGCACUGUUAGAGAAGCAUGUGUGCUACUGAUGUUAAAGAAGCAAGCUUAUUUAUAUUAUUUAAUUGUUAUUCCAUGUUUUAUUCCCAAGUUAAAAUUAAGGUAUUAAAAGCUGAAAUUAGUUAUAAUACCCUGAUGCCCAGCUGUGUUUAAAGGCAGUGUAUUUUGAAGAGUGGUUAAGAUUUAUCCUGAAAAAAAUGUCAAGUCAGAGUAGUUGGCUCCGUAAAUGCCUGACAAGACCUUUAGAAACCUUUCAUGUCCCAUAGUCUCUGUUGCAGAUAAUAAUACCUCAUAACAUUUUGAAAAGGCCAUAAUUCUUUUAUGAUGUAGCUACAUCCAUUUUUAUUCAUUGAGUGGCAAACAUAUUUUUAGAAAAUUUGCUGUCAGUUGGAAUUACUAACUUGAGUUAUAAAUUUGUAAUAUGAGGUGUCAAUAUAUUAGCUGCUGUAAGGUACAAAAUCAGGGAUACUUAUAAAUAUAUAUUUAAUGACUAGUAUUGCAAUUAAUAUUUUAAAUACAGAUUUGAAAAGCUUUAUGCUAAAAAUACCUCCAAAGAACAGACAUUUUUAAGGCAACAAUCCAGUGCAAUGAAAUUUGUAAGUUAUUUUUCAAUGUACACAGCUGCACCAAGCUUAAUAAUGUUAUACUUUUUAUGGUACCCAUAUCUGAAAAACUGAUGGCAUUUAUGCAAGUUUUAAAUGUUUUUUUGUGCUACUACCCCAAAAUAUUUUUAUGUGAACUAAGCUUCCUCUAUGGUACUAAGUAUGUUAUUAAAGAAAUGUAGAUAUAGUACAGUAACAUUUUUCAGAAGUUACUGACCAGCAGCACUUGUAAUAUUGUUAAACUUAAUGAUGGGAACUUACUGCAUAAUGAACAGUUCUAAACAGGUAAAAUAAACUGUUAUUACUAAAGGAUCAGUGGAAAAAAAAUCAUCUGGGUAUAGUGGCACUGGCAGUUGACAUUAAUUUGAACAUCAUAUUACCACCAUUUUACAUAAAUGGAAGAUUAAGUUUGCCAAGUCAUAUUCUACAAUUAAGACAAUGAUUUUCUAUCAUCAAAUGAAUCUUAAGAGGAAACAAUUUAAUUAUUUUCUUUUACUAAGAAUGUAGUUUUCUUUUUCCUUUUCUUUUUAUAUAAAUGAAACACUACAGAAAGGUGUAUCCCCUUUGAAACAGCAUAGUUUAUAUCAUAGCAUGGCAUUGCUCUAAUUUCUAGCAUUAUCACCCAUCUAUGGCAUGUGUAUUGUCUUCUGCUUUGUUAUUCUGUGGUAGUCACAUCUUGCAUCAGUAUUCAGUUAGUGAAGUCUGAUCUGUUACUGCAUCAUGUUUGAUAUUACUAUUGCAUCACAGUAGUGCCUUUGCAACAGCAGAUCUUGUGACUUAUAGAAUGUUUGCGUUUGCUCUAGAAUGGAAUGCUUCUAGCCCCUAUACUUCCUCAAGUCAAUAUCUGGAGAUAUUCAUCAACCCUGUAGAUUAUAUUUAGUUCCAAAACUAUGAAAUGAAAGAUGUAGGCAUGACAGAACUUUGCGCGCACACACACACACACACACACACACACACACACACACACACACACACA